AUGCUUCUACAACAGAACUGGGUUUCUCCUCACUGGGCAUGGCACAGCCUGGGAAAGUCCUUCCUUUUGUUUGUUUUCUUGAUGUUACAAACAGCUGAUCUGGAAGCCAGGAGAGGUCAUCAGUUUGUCUGGAAAGCAGGUCCCUGGGGCCGGUGUGUGGGUGACUGCGGCUCGGGCGGCCUUCGCAGUCGGGCUGUCUGGUGCACCCACGCCGAGGGCUGGACGACGUACCCCGCCAAUUGCGACCAGAAGGACAAACCUGAGAGCCAGAGGAGGUGCUUUAAAGUCUGCGACUGGCACCUGGAGCUGUUCGAGUGGGAGGUGUCGGGAUGGGAGCGGUGCGGGCUGGUCCCCGCGGCUGGCACUGAGCUGAGAGCUGGGCCUUGUGUCACCGCCCAGCACGGGCUGCAGCGCCGGGCCGUCCGCUGCCGCUCUAAAGGCCAGCAGCGUGCCGGGGAGGUGGAGAUUGGCUACCAGACCAGGCAGAUCAGGUGUGUAAGGAGCGAUGGAAAAAAUGCAGCGCUGAGCCUCUGCAUUCAAGAUCCUGUCCCUUUGACCUUCAAGUCCUGUGUCAUCGCUAAAGACUGUGAAACAUCAGAGUGGUCCCCAUGGAGCACCUGCUCACAGACCUGUGCCUGGGGAGAUCUCACCCCGGGCUUCCGGAGCCGGCGCCGCAGCGUGCGGAGCGUGGCAGAGGGCGCCGGAAAGCAGUGCCCGGAGCUGGAAGAGAGAGAAGCCUGCAGCGUGGGAGGGAAGGAGCUCCUGCAGCCUUGCCCCAGGUUUGCCUGGAGGACUUCUGAAUGGAAAGCUUGUCAGGUGUCUCUCCUCCUUGACCAGCUGGACCCUCGCCAGCUCAAGCACGCAGGCCUUUGUGGAGGUGGCAUCCAAACCCGGGAGGUCUACUGCGUCCAGAUCAGCCUAGAGCCUGGGAUGCACCGGCUGAAGGAAGUUACCAGACCAGUCGAUGGGAAGCUCUGCCUGAGUCCUGCUCCCUCUGCCUCCCAGCUGUGUAACCUGCCGUGCCCGUCUGUGUGCGCGGUGUCAGUCUGGUCGCUCUGGGGCCCCUGCCUGCCUGAGAACUGCCAGGACCACCAUGGCAGAAGAGGUUUUAGAAUGAGACAAAGGCAAGUGAUCGUGGAUCCGGUAGGCACCCUGGCAGGUUGUCCUCAUUUAUUUGAAUCUAUUCCUUGUGAAGACCCUGUGUGUUAUGAGUGGAUCACUUCAGAAGGAAUGUGUGUGACUCACCAUGGAAAAUGUGGACCUGGAAGCCGCAUGCUGAAAGCUGUCUGCAAGGACCAGAAAGGUGAAGAAGUCCCACAUUAUCUCUGCUCGCAUCUUCCUCGUCCUGAGAUUCUGGCUUGUGAAGUCCCUUGUGCAACAGACUGUGUCAUCAGCGAGUGGUCCCCGUGGUCCCAAUGUUCCCACUCAUGCUCCAGUAAAAACGCUGAGGGCAGCCAAAGCAGGAGUAGGUCCAUCUUGGCACUUCCGGCUGAAGGUGGAAAAGCCUGUCCCCCUGACCGAGCCCUGCAGGAGCAUCGUGCCUGUAACAAUCACCCAUGUGUGCAUUUCUUCUGGGAAGCUUCUCCCUGGAGCUCCUGCUCUGAAGACGUGCUGGUAACUGCUCUCAAUGCAUCUGUGAAUUGGAGUGGAGAAAACACUUGUGGAGUGGGCAUACAGACAAGGAAAGUCUUCUGUGUGAAGAGCAGCUCUGGCCAGGUCACACCUAAAAGAUGUCCAGAGUCCAUCAAACCUGAGGCUGUGAGGCCAUGUCUCCUCCCCUGCAAGAAGGACUGCCUGGUUACAUCUUUCAGCGAGUGGACUCGCUGCCCGACAGCUUGUCAGCCUGGCAAUGCCAGUGCAGUGAAGCAGUCCCGGUACAGGAUUAUCAUUCAGGAGGCUGCCAAUGGGGGACAGGCAUGCCCAGAUACCUUGUAUGAGGAAAGAGAAUGUGAAGAUACUCCCAUCUGUCCAGUGUAUCGGUGGAAGACCCACCGCUGGAGUCACUGUGUGCUCGUGCCAGAUUUGGUGAGACAGGCAUUGCCAGGGCACAGUGAGGCGUGUGGACAUGGUUUGCAGUCAAGGGCUGUUACAUGCCUGUCGGAGCACAACGACUCUGCCAGUGUCAGUGACUGCAUACGGUGGGCAGGAGCUAUGCCAGCUCGUGUACAGGAGUGUCUUGUUCCCUGCAAAGAUGACUGCACCUUUACCCCCUGGUCUAAAUUUACAGCAUGCUCAUCUGACUGUGAAUCAACUAGAAGCAGGAGACGGUCACUCACAGGGCGAAGCAGAAAGCGAGACAAAUGCCAGAAUACUGAAGUCUAUCCUCAAGUUGAAACAGAGCAGUGUCCCUGCGAGGAGUUUACCUCCCAGCCCCACGGAAAUUGGUCUGACUGCAUUCUUGGCAGAGGAACAUCGGAGCAGCAGCUGGGAAUGCCAUCCCAUGGAGGUGCCAAGGAGUGCGGCGAGGGCGUGCGCCUGAGAGCCAUUGCCUGCUAUGAUAAGAGUGGCAGACUGGUGGAACCAUCUCACUGCAGCAGCUCGGGUUACAUUGAAGAAUCUUGCACUGUCCCUUGCCCGUUUGAUUGCAAAUUAAGCGAUUGGUCCAGUUGGUCCCCUUGCAGCUCUUCCUGUGGACCAGGGGUGAAAGUCCGAUCCAAGUGGCUUAAGGAGAAGCCUUACAACGGAGGUCGUCCCUGCCCAAAGCUGGAUCUCAAGAAUCAGGUGUAUGAGGCAGUCCCAUGCUACACCGAGUGCAAUCAGUAUUCUUGGGUAGUAGAACCGUGGUCUCCGUGCAAAAUCAACAGCGAACAGAAUUCCCUGCACUGUGGAGAAGGAAUACAAACAAGGAGAGUCAGGUGUGUGAGCAGUGCUGAGGACCACGGAGGGGAGACAGUGCCCAGCGCACUGUGUAAUCAGGCGGAAAUCCCAGACGUGAUGCAGAAGUGUAGCUUGUACUGUCCCAGUGAGUGUGCUGUGUCGGACUGGGGACAGUGGAGCAGGUGUCCACAGGUGUGUGAUCCCAGUAUUAUGCAAACCCGAACUCGACAAGUGCUGAGGUCUUCUGCCAGUACAAAGCCUUGCCCUGAAGAUACACAAAUGAAGCCAUGUAUUCUUAACCAAAAUUGCUUCCAAUAUCAGUACAAUCUAACAGGCUGGAGCGGGUGCCAGCUGGGUGCCCAAGCUGCCUGCGGGCACGGGGAGCGGCGGCGGCUCCUCAGCUGCCAGCGCAGUGACGGGGCCACUGUCAGCACACAGCUCUGCCAGCGGCUCGGCCUGGAGAAGCCGGCGCAGACCAGCAGCAGCUGCGAGGUGGGCUGCACGGUGGACUGCCGGCUCUCGGCGUGGUCAGCCUGGUCACAGUGCUCCCACACGUGUGGCACUGGUGGCCGGAUGUUUCGCUCCCGCUCGGUGCAGCUCCCCGCGGCCGGGGGGGGGCGGCCCUGCCCGCAGGGUGGCCAGUGUGGAGAUGGAUUGCAAGUCCGUAACCUCACAUGCGUAGUGCAUGAUGCAUCUGUUUCUGCUGCAUCCAAACCAGUAGAAGAUGCACUGUGUGGUGAGCUGCCAUCCAAAGAGAGUGUGCUGCAGUUACCGUGCUCUGUGCCUUGCCCAGGUGACUGCCACCUGACAGAGUGGUCAGAGUGGAGCUCCUGCGAGCUCACCUGCAUCAAUGGCAGGAGCUUCGAGACAACGGGGCGCCAGUCGCGAUCCAGAGCCUUUGUCGUCCAGGCUCCUGAGGACCAGGAGAGCUGCUCGGGGCAAGCGAUGGAAACACGGCCUUGCUCAGGGGGGAAAUGCUAUAACUACCUGUGGAAAACCAGCCUUUGGCGAGACAACAUCCGCACGGUGUGGUGUCAGCGCUCCGAUGGAGUCAAUGUCACAGGAGGAUGUGCUCCUGGGAUGAAACCUGCUGAGGUUCGGCACUGCAGCCCAGCCUGCACCAAACCCUUCUCCUACUGCACACAGAGAGGAGUCUGUGGCUGUGAGAGAGGAUAUACAGAAAUAAUGAGCUCAAGCGGUUUCCUGGAUUACUGCAUGAAGGUACCAGGUUUAGAAGAUAAGAAAGCCGAUGUUAAGACCACUGCUGGAAAAAAUAAACCUGUCAACUCAAAAAUGCAUGACAUUUUCAAAGGAUGGUCUAUUCAACCUUUUAAUCCAGAUGGGAAACUGAAGCUAUGGGUAUAUGGAGUAUCAGCUGGUGGAUUCCUCAUCAUAGUUUUCCUAAUUUUUACAUCCUACCUGAUGUGCAAAAAAACCAAGCAGCAUCAAAGCACUCCUCCCCAGCAGAAGCCUCUAACCUUAGCCUAUGAUGGAGACAUUGAUAUGUAACAUUAAAAAGGAAUCCAAAUGUAGACAUCAACUGCCUUAACUGCUUUCUUUCUUGGAACUCCCUGACUUCUCAGUUUUUUGAGGAAUCUCCUGAUGUGUAACAUACCAGGCAGAACAGAAGUAUUCUGAGCUUAAAAUUUUGCCACCUUUGUUACAAGAAAAUGGAAUCAAAGACUUGGAUCUUGUGAAACUUGCCUGAAGAGACCAGAAAAUACAUCUCUUCCUGUUGACCAAUGGGAAUAAAAAUAAAAAAGAGAAUCUACAAGCAUCAAAAGGAAUUAGUCAAAAAUAAUAAAGGCAUGACAAUCCUGAGGAAAAUGUGACAUUUACUGUAAAUGACAAGUUUGACACAGCAUCAUUAUGCACUAUAUUAGUGCAGCGUUCUUUAUUCUUCACAUAUUUCAACAAUGAGUUUUCUAGUGUUUACAUUUCGUUCAAAGACUUUACAACUGGAUCA